CGGUAUAUCGGCAAUCGGCAAUCGAUAACGGGAGGUGCAAGGCAGGACGCGCAUUAAAGAUUUAUUUUCUUAGCUGCCACUAAAGUGUAAAUGUCAGCAUGGAGGCAAUGUCGUUGGAGCAGCCGGGCUCCAUUCCACAGCCUCCCUCUCCAAAGGAUGUCUUCUGCCGCGUUUGCAACAACUUAUCGCCCCUUUGUUUGCCGCUUUUCAAACCGCUUUAUGGCUUGAUUGCCGGUAAGCCCACAACUCUGGCCAAGAUUUUGAGCUAUUGCAGCGGACUGCAGAUCCUGGAGACAGAACUAUUUCUGCCGCACCACAUUUGCCCCCACUGCGUGGUCGGCUUGCGGCUCUCUCUGCAAUUUAAGAGAAAGGUCCUUUGGAUGGACAGGAAUCUAAGGCAAAGUCAUCUGGGGUGUGGCCGUUCCAAAAGGACUAACAAUGCCACAAAUGAUUUUAUACUUGUGCUUGAUGACCAGGAAACAAUAAACGCUUUCCACCAGGAUCCGACAAAUUCAGUAGACCCAAGCCCGCAAGUCGAAAAGCACCUAAAUCUGAAAGCCUUGACCGAAGAAAAGAGUCAGCCGGUAGAGCUGGAUCUACAGGAGGGAGGGCUGCAUUUUGAACUUGAAACCGAUGAACAAUUCGCGGAUAUGGAAUAUCCCUACAAGGUCGCGAAGAAUUCAGCACAAAUUGUAGAAAAAGAAGAACUAGUGACACAGGCACUUGCGGCCAGCAAGUGCAGGCUUGGAAAAGCUCUUAAUCCUUCGCUGCGGUGUCUGAUUUGCCAAAAGCAAAUGAGCUGCAAACAAACGUUUGAGUAUCACAUAAAGCUCCAUGGCCCGUCCUACGAUUGCAUGGGAAGCAGUCCACAAAACACAGCUGCCAACAUUGAGGAAUGCAAUGAACUCUACGAUAUGUUGAAGAAACCAGAUCAGUCGUGGGCGACACAGAAACCCUUGGCCAGCAGGAGCAGGCCAAGGAAAGCUUCUAACGUCUCUCUGCAGUGUCAGAUCUGCGGCAAGCAACUUAGCACCAACAACUCGUUCAAAUACCACAUGCAGCUCCACGGCACUGCGACGCCCUUCGCUUGCAAGGUGUGCGACGAGUCUUUCAAGACGCGCAACGCCCUUAAGGGCCACGCGACGCUGCACGACGUGAACAACCCUAACAGGUGUCCCACCUGCGCCAAGGUCUUUCGCCAUGCGUCUUCUCUCCGCACCCACCUGCUGAUUCACAGCGGCAGCAAGCCCUUCGAGUGCAGCAUCUGUGGCAAGGGACUGACCCAGAAGUCCGGGUACAAGAAGCACAUGCUCACGCACACGGGCGAGAGGCCGCACGGCUGCGACGUCUGCGGCAGGAGCUUCCGCUACUCGAGCAACUUGAUCGCCCACAAGAGGUGCCACAGCCAGGAGAAGCCGCACCACUGUGCCGUGUGCCAGAAGCGGAGCUUUGGCAGCAGGUCUGAGCUGAACCGCCAUAUGCUGGUCCACAGCAGCGAGCGGCUGUUCGACUGCGGCAAGUGCGGGAAAUCCUUUAAGCGGAAGGUGUCCCUUAGCAUCCACCUGCAGUCGCACUAACAGGCCGUAAAGGAGAGAGGCAUGAAUGGAUUAUCAGUUCAAAUCAAGAAAGUAUGUACAGCGAAAACCAAAUACAUUUUUAGAGGUCA